ACUCCACCUUCAGUCAACCGUACCUGCAUUAUCUAAUCGGAUGCUUGGUGGGCUCUCACCGGCCUUCGUCAUCACUCUCGGGUGGCGUUUCUUGUUUGGCAUGGUGACCUCGGAAGUUUUUACUUUUUCGAUUCGUUUCGAGUUGUUAUCCCGUAUAGGUUGAUUGCGCCGCAAUCGAAACCGGGCGCGCGUUGGUGCUAAAUAUCUGUGUCAGUGAAGAAUUUUCCCGUAGCACCUGCUCCAUUUGGAUCGCAAACCGUUAGAACAGCGCUUGAGGCGUAUUUUGUUUGGGUAAACCAAACUUCACGUGUAUCGUUGCGUGCUACUUACGAGGGCUACCAGUUGAAAAGUUAGUGUUAGUAUAGCUGGAAAUGUGUGACAACAAAACCGAAGACAACCAAACUCGUACUAAGUGUGUACCAAAUGCGAGCGACAAGAAGGUCAAACGUUCCCGUUUUCGUUGCUACAAAUGAAGUCAUCUUGUUUACAUGCACGGCAUAGGUCAUGACUUAAGAUAACUUGGUGACCGUCUAUCGAAGAUUUCUGUUCAAUUUUCACAUUACAGGCGUUCGUUGGUACGAAAUUCUGGACAGUUGUCGUACAUUGAAAUCGUUGUCACAUUCUUCCAGUUACCCAAACCACCGAGAGGAUUAAUUAAACCAGCGCCGUCAUUCCGAAAACCAGCAAACAUCGUAUACGCACCCACAGUGUUGCGGUCGGAGUCCCACUAUCAGCGAGCGUUUGCGUUCCGUAUGGAGGAGAAAGUGGCACGCUUUCGAAACCCGACUCGAAGUCAUAGUGCGCAAUUAUAGAACAGCAAUAAUCGUAAAAUGCCGUGCUCUUGCUGUUCUUGCGGCGGCGGCAGCGGCAACAGCAGCAGUGCGACAAGUGGCGAAAAUGGUUCUCGCUAUCCCUACGACCAAGACGGUGGAAAUGUAACAGAGAAACAUUAUGGCUGCUACAAGGUUGGCAUCCUGUUCUCGGUAGUCAUCAUACUGCUGCUGUUGCUGGGAUGCGUGCCGGUGUUCUUCCUGACUCACAACAAUAACCUGAUUCUGCUGAUCCUGUUGGUUACGCUGAUCCUGAUAGGCAUCGUUACGUACGCUUACUUCCGAUGGCAGCACCGGAGGGCUUUGCAAAUGCGACGUAAAUAUGAGCUGCAGAAGAUGAAUCUUACGCGGACCCCGAAACGACCCGAUGCGAAAGGGUUGCAACAGCAGUCCAGUCCAUCGAAAGGAAAAUCAGAUUCAAACAACGGCAAAAUCCCUGGCUUUGAACAACCACGAUAUUCAUUUAUAUAAACAGUGUAAUGUAGUUAUUUAUAUAUUAAUUGACCGUUCGCUUUGAAAAGACAAAAAAUAAAACCUACUUUAUUCGUUAUAGGUAUUGCUUCAAAACAUAUUUCCAAGUUAAUGUUGGAAAAACCAAAAACCGAUGUCAGGUUUCAAUAAGUCGUUAAUUGCCGUUGAAUUGUUAUGUUUCCAACUGUUACAACUCAAAGAGAUUAAGUUUUUUUCCGUUUUAAAAGUAGCAUAAUUUGUGAUUCUGAAUAAACUAAUAUGAAUUAUGAACAAAAAAUCAAAAAGAA